GGUCGCAGCAUCACAGUGCUGCUCCGUAUCCACAGCCUGUGUCCAACCAUCCAGGUGUUUGACCUGCGGCAGUGCCACAGACAGAUGCAGCAGCAGGCAGCAGCAGCUCAGGUGGCUGCAGAUUCUCAGGCGGUUGCAGUUGUCGGUGCGACUCCCGGUGCAAACAGUGUGGCUGGGAUUACACCUGGCAUCAGUGUGUGCUCAGUUGCAGGUCUGGGCGUGGACGACCUGCGCAGGUUGUGCAUAGUGCGCCUGAGCUUUGUUAAGGGUUGGGGGUGUGACUACCCGCGGCAGAGCAUCAAAGACACCCCCUGCUGGCUGGAGGUGCACCUGCACCGGGCUCUGCAGCUGCUGGACCAGGUGCUGCACACCCUGCCCCCGCAAGAGCCCACCGUCUGACAGACUCACCUGGCCCCGGAUCACGUCCUGCUGGCACCCAGCGACACAGCAGGAGGCCCCGCCCUUUCCAUGCAGGUGUCAACAAAUAUACCUCAGCUGCCCAUUAGUCAACUAAAACAUCCGGCCAAUCACGUUGCAUCCUGUUGGGUUUCCAUGGUAACAGCUUCUGAGAGUGUUCACAGGAAGAUAAAUGUAUGUUUCAGUGUAGGCCCCGCCCCUUCCUUUGAUCUCACAGGCAGCAGGUGAGCUCAGUCCAGUCAUGUUUCCACAUGAAGCUGUUCUAUGGGAUCAACUUUGUGCCAGCAGGAAGUGAGUUUGGAUUGCUCACGUUGAAUCUGACUAGAACACAUCGGUUUGAAAAUUAAUUUAACUAAAUUAAACUGAAUUUAAAGUUUUGUAUCUGAAUUAAUUUGCUUUGAAACUGUA